AAUGAAUUGUCUUCCUUAACUUGCCGUAGUGACGUUACACCCAAACAAGCUGAGGCUGCUUGAAUGUGAUCGAACCGAGUGUGUUUUUCUUUUAAAACACCUUUUAUCAUUAUGUCUCAGGACCUUUGGUUACAGGACUACGACGCCACGUGUCGCCUGGCACAGGAAAUAGCAGAAAACAUUCAUGAACGAAACAGACAACAGAGAACAGGGGGAAACCCUGCGAAGAUCAACAUGACGUUACGAGCAUCUCUACAGAAGCUGAAACAGAAUAUUCCAAAGCUCAAAGAGGGCUUGUUGCGAGCCUCAUCUCGUCACAUAAUGCAGUCGGAAGCAGACAGAAGGCAGAACCUGGUCGAUGACCUUCUGACCAGGGAGAAGCAGCUCAAUGCCACGUUUAAAGGGGAAAUCACAGAGCCAGAGAACCCCAGGUCAUCGUUGCUGACAGGAGGAGCAGGAUCAAGUGGGGGUGUGGCAGCCAACCCCUGGCUGGUCAACGAAUCAGAGGAGACCAGAGGCCUCACCUUUGGGGAGAUUAAACAGCAGCAGCAACAAAUCAUUGAAGCCCAGGAUGCAGGCUUGGAUGCUCUUGCAGCUGUCAUCAGCCGACAGAAGAUAAUGGGCCAGGAGAUUGGCAACGAGCUGGAGGAACACAACGAAAUCAUUGAUGACCUGGCCCAUCUUGUGGAUAAGACAGAUGACAGGAUUCGUAAUGAAACACGAAGAGUGAAGCUGGUGGAGAAUAAGUCGGCCUCCUGUGGAGUCUGUCUCACAUCAGCUUUGGAGUUCAGCGGCUUGACAUCCACAGUCCCCACACUGAAGUGUGAAGGUUUCGUCAAAACAGGACCAGGGGUCUCUUACAGUCUUCCAGGAGGGCGGCGUGUACUCUGGUCAGUUUUCCAGUCCGUUACAGGGACAUGCGUACACUUGUGGUCACUUAAGUGUCCACUAACCUAGCGCUCCCCACCGUCUUUGUUUUUUUUUUUAUUUUGCUAGUUCAACCCAAAGC